AUGGCUUUUGUCAAGUCAGAUCUAGAGGGGUUUCUGCCUCUGUUAGCCUCAGGUAAAGUCCGAGAGCUGUACGAUGUCGACUCAAAAUCCCUGCUCUUUGUGACUACCGACAGGAUCUCGGCUUUUGAUGUUAUCAUGAAGAAUGGUGUGCCAGAGAAGGGACUCGUCCUAACGCUGAUGACUGUGCACUGGUUCCAAUAUCUCCAAAAACAGAUCCCUGACCUCAAGACCCAUUUCAUUUCUCUCGACCUGCCUCCUACGGUCCCGAAUGACGUUGCUUCCCAGCUCAAGGGCCGAAGUAUGCUUGUGCGCAAGCUCAAGGUGUUCCCGCUGGAGGCCAUAGUCCGUGGGUACAUCACAGGAUCCGCCUGGUCUUCCUACAAGAAAACCGGUGAGGUAAAUGGGAAGAAAAUGCCCGAAGGCCUACAAGAAUCGCAAGAGUUCCCCGAACCUAUAUACACCCCCAGCACCAAGGCUGAGCUGGGUAAGCAUGACGAGAAUAUCUCCACGGAGCAAGCCACGCAAAUUGUGGGCGAGAAGUAUGCGAAAAGAAUAGAAGAACUGUCGCUCCGCAUCUACAAGGCAGCACGAGACUAUGCAAGAGAAAAGGGCAUCAUCAUAGCAGACACGAAGUUUGAAUUUGGUCUCGACGAGGAAACGGACGAGGUCGUGCUUGUAGAUGAGGUGCUCACCCCAGACAGCUCGAGAUUCUGGUCGAAAUCCAGCUACAAGCUCGGCCAGAGCCAGGAGAGUUUUGACAAGCAACCGCUGCGAGAUUGGUUGACAGAUAAUGGACUCAAAAACAAACAGGGCGUGGAAAUGACUGAUGAUGUGGUUGAAGCAACUCAUGCAAGAUACCUCGAGGCGUUCAAAAUCUUGACGGGAAAAUCUCUAGAAGAGACUCUACACGACCUAAAAUGA